AUGCCUGUGCGAAGGGGGCAUGUUGCGCCGCAAAAUACCUUUUUGGGGACCAUUAUACGGAAAUUCGAGGGCCAAAACAGAAAAUUCAUCAUUGCCAAUGCAAGGGUACAGAAUUGUGCAAUUAUCUACUGCAAUGAUGGUUUUUGUGAGAUGACUGGAUUCUCGAGGCCGGAUGUUAUGCAGAAGCCUUGUACCUGUGAUUUCCUGCAUGGUCCAGAAAGCAAGCGACAUGCAAUUGCCCAGAUUGCCCAAGCCCUGCUUGGCUCAGAAGAGAGGAAAGUGGAUGUCAUAUUCUAUCGCAAGGAUGGAUCAACAUUUUUGUGCAACACUCACAUAAUUCCAGUGAAAAAUGAAGAAGGUGUGGUCAUAAUGUUCAUCAUAAACUUUGAAUUUGUGGAUGAGGAGAAAUGCUUACUGUCUCCAGACAGGUUAAAUCACAUGUCACCAGCCAAAGACUCACGUAAAUUUUUCAGACUGAAGCUGCCUGCAUUAAGACUUCUUACAUCCAGCAAACAAUCACUUCCCCAGGAGGACCCUGAUGUGGUUGUAGUGGAGCCUUCUCAAGUGAGUGAUGAAUCUUUGGCCAUGAAGGACUUGAAAUCCCCGACAAGUGAAAGCUGUGGUCCUUCAGAAUUUGAAGAAACAAAAGCAUUGACAGAACCAGGUAGCUCUCCUCCAUUUGUAAAUUUGCCAGGACCACUGGACCAUUCUUCACCAAAGCGACACUGGGAUGGAUUGAAUCCAGAUACGUUGCAGUCUACCUCUGGUCUAACAUACAGUCAGUCAAGAGAAAGUGUGUGCAGUAUGAGGAGAGCUUCUUCGGUUCAUGAUAUUGAAGGAUACCAUGUGAAUUCUAGGAUUAUAUUUAGGGAUCGGCAUGCAAGCGAAGACAACGGACGACAUAUUAAAGGCCCUUUUAAUCAUAUCAAGUCAAGUCUAUUGGGUUCCACAUCAGAUUCUAAUCUCAACAAAUAUAACACAAUUAGCAAGAUUCCUCAAAUCACCCUGAACUUUUCUGAUAUAAAAGCUGAAAAGAAGAGUUCAUCACCACCUUCAUCAGAGAAGACCAUCAUUGCACCGAAAGUGAAGGAAAGGACACACAAUGUGACAGAAAAAGUAACACAGGUUCUAUCCUUGGGAGCUGAUGUUUUACCUGAGUACAAGCUUCAGACUCCUCGCAUCCACAAGCUCACCAUCCUACACUAUAGUCCUUUCAAGGCUGUGUGGGACUGGCUAAUUCUUCUACUAGUAAUUUAUACAGCAAUCUUCACUCCCUAUUCUGCAGCCUUUUUACUUAAUGACAUGGAGGAACAAAAGAGAAGAGAGUGUGGAUACUCCUGCAGCCCAUUGAAUGUUGUAGAUUUAAUAGUGGAUAUUAUGUUCAUUAUUGAUAUUCUAAUAAACUUCAGAACAACAUAUGUAAAUCAAAAUGAAGAAGUGGUUAGUCAUCCAGCAAAAAUUGCAAUUCACUACUUCAAAGGCUGGUUCCUCAUUGACAUGGUUGCUGCUAUACCUUUUGACCUGCUGAUUUUUGGAUCUGGGUCGGAUGAAACAACAACACUGAUUGGUCUUCUGAAGACAGCUCGCCUGCUCCGUCUGGUGAGGGUUGCCCGUAAAUUAGAUCGAUAUUCUGAAUAUGGGGCUGCAGUUCUGAUGCUGCUCAUGUGCAUAUUUGCCUUGAUUGCACACUGGCUGGCUUGCAUUUGGUACGCCAUUGGGAAUGUGGAGCGACCGUACCUGGUACACAAAAUUGGCUGGUUGGAUUCUUUAGGACAGCAAAUAGAAAAACGAUAUAAUAUCAACGAUGCUAGCUCUGGACCAUCCAUCAAGGAUAAAUAUGUGACAGCACUCUACUUCACUUUCAGCAGUUUGACAAGUGUUGGUUUUGGGAAUGUGUCUCCUAACACCAACUCGGAGAAGAUCUUUUCCAUUUGCGUCAUGCUGAUUGGCUCAUUAAUGUAUGCCAGUAUCUUUGGUAAUGUCUCAGCAAUUAUCCAGAGACUAUAUUCUGGAACAGCAAGAUAUCACAUGCAAAUGCUUCGAGUCAAGGAGUUCAUACGUUUUCAUCAGAUUCCAAAUCCUCUCCGUCAGAGACUGGAGGAAUACUUCCAACAUGCCUGGACAUAUACAAAUGGCAUAGACAUGAACAUGGUCCUCAAGGGAUUUCCUGAAUGUCUACAGGCAGACAUAUGUCUCCAUCUCAACCAGGCAUUACUUCAGAACUGCAAGGCAUUCAAAGGUGCCAGCAAGGGCUGCCUACGAGCUCUGGCAAUGAAGUUUAAAACCACACAUGCUCCACCCGGUGACACAUUGGUUCACAGUGGGGAUAUUCUCACUGCACUCUACUUCAUCUCUAGGGGUUCCAUAGAAAUCCUAAAGGAAAACAUUGUAGUAGCAAUUCUUGGGAAAAAUGACAUCUUUGGUGAAAUGAUCCAUCUUUAUGCAAGACCUGGGAAAUCUAAUGCUGAUGUACGAGCGUUGACUUACUGCGAUUUGCACAAGAUCCAGAGGGAAGACCUUUUAGAAGUUUUGGAUAUGUAUCCAGAAUUUUCCGACUACUUCUUAACAAACCUGGAACUCACCUUCAAUCUACGAGAUGAAGGUUCAAAGGCAGACAUGCUACUCAGAGCAGAAACCAGUGAUGAUUCAGAUGAGGAGAUUCCCAGACCUCAAAGAAGAAAGCUUUCCUUCAAAAAGAAAAUAAACGAAGACGAUAAUAAAAAUGAUUAUGAAUUACAUGAAGCAACUCAAGAUAUCACACAAGGAGAACAGCGAAAUUAUUGUAAAAAAAGAGAUUCAGAAGAAAAGCACAAUGUAUCAUCAUCAUCCUUUUCUACCUCUGUUGAUGAGGAGAAGAAACCAUUAUGUUCUGGAAUGUUGGACUUUCCUUCAGAGAUAGAAGAGAACUGCAGGCUCGGAUUUGCACAAGGAUCCGAAAUACAAAGCAGAAAAGCAGAAAGAAGAACCAAGGUAUCAGAAGCUAAUGAGAGAAAGCCAACAGAAUACCCUGAUAUGUCAACGCAGUCAGCCUCCUCUCAAGCAGCCUGUGGUGUCUCAGAGUCUGGAAGUGAUAUAACGUAUGGAGAAGUGGAGCACAGACUAGAUUUACUUCAGGAACACCUCAGCAGGCUGGAAACACAAAUGUCUACUGAUAUUCAUACCAUCUUGCAGUUACUGCAACGGCAGUCCAUAUCAGGACCACCUGCAUAUAGUAUGGUAACAGCCACAAGGGAUUAUCAAAGAUCAUCUGCAAGGAUGGCACAGACUGUCCAACCAGUAGCAUCUGUAAGGUCAGAACACAGCUUCCCAACAACACCGCAGAGUCCAGAAUUUUCAGACUUUGAAAAAUCCAAACUGAAAUCCAAAGAGUCUUUGUCCAGUGGGGUUCAUCUCAACACAAUAUCGGAAGAUAAUUUUGCCACAUUUUUGGACCAAGAACAAGAACAAAAUUCACGGUCUCAACAGCAACAGUCACCAUCCUUUCUGUGUCCAAUGCGGCAUCCCUCCUUACCGGACUCCUCACUAAGCACCAUGGGACUGCUGGGCCUUCAUAGGCAUCUGUCAGAUCCUGGUCUUCCAGGCAAAUAG